AUGCGCCCCGGCCCUUCGGGGUAUCACCGUGACGGCGGCCAUGGCGGCAACGCGUACGGCGGCAAUGGUGGCAAUUUCGGACGACACGAGAAAGGCAAAAAAUUGGAUUACGCUUUUUUUUCUGGCACCAGCCCCAAGUUCAUGGAUGCCAUUACCAAAAUGUUAGAGAAGCAGAGCUUUGAGAAGCAGGAUUAUCUUUUCAAGGAAGGUGAUGUGGGUUUCAACAUGUAUUUUAUCUCCUCUGGCAGCGUGAUUCUUUGUAGCAGCUCUGCCCUCCAGGAGGUGGAGGUGUUAUCGCGUGGCAGCCACUGCGGGGAUUUGGCGCUCCUUGGCAGUUCCAAGCGAUUGUCGAAUGCCAUCGCGCGGGAACACACCGAAUGCCUGGUCUUGAGGAACCGGCACUUCCAAGCAAUCUUGGAACGCUUCCCAGAGGAGAAAGAGUAUUUCGGUCAGGUGGCUCUGGAGCGGAAGAAGCAGUUGAAACAGGUGGCCAAGCUCCACAGAAUCAUGGAGAAGGGUGCUGGCCUCCGCCCGCGCCGUGCCUGGCGCGAGGACAGCGACAGCGACCGCGAUGCCACCGACGAUCCAGCGCCCAAGGUGCCGGUGGAGGAGGAGACACCACUGCCGGAUACGGAGAUUCCAGGGGCAUAUCCGAAGAUGAGCAAGAUGAACAUCUUGGAUUUGGCUGCCCCACCGCGACAUGGGCCCGAACAGUUGGUGCCCCUGAAGAUUCCGGAAGUGCCCGAAACGGAUCGCGUGAUGCAAGCCCGUAUGGGGAAGGAAUUGGCGUCCGUGGGCAGAGCAGCCUUUGCACGGAAGAUGCAGGUGGCGGAAGCGCUGUAUAAGGAGAUGGCGCCCGCGGGCGCCAGCAGCUUGCGGCCCGGUGCCGGAGUUCGCCCCAGCUCCGCCUUCAGCCGCACGCCCCUGCGGCCGGACAAGAAGGUCUUGGAGGUGGAUGAGAACCCGAGAAGUGGCUCCAAAUCGCGCGCGGGCGCAGCGAUGCCUCCGGCCGUGAAGAAGAUCCAUGGAGAAGAGCGGUGUCAGCCUAGGUUGCUGACAGUGCCAAGACUGAACCCAUCCUGCUGCAAGUUUGUAUCUCCAGUCAUCGCUGGAGCACAACUGCGCUGGUACUCCAUUGUGCACGACGUCGGGACCAGCAGCGGUUCAAGGUUACCUCGCGCACACUUCGUGCCAUGCAACACGACGGCAGCGGUACCUAUUGAGAAUGAGAACUUCAAGGGAGAGGUCUUACUUCUCUACCGACCGACUGAAGGACUGGAUGGGGGCCAUCCCUACUACCGCCACUUCCGGCACCGGAAGCGCAACUGGGAGCUGCGGCUGCAGGGAAAGUUCAAAAAGGCACCUUGUGGUCGGCUCUUUGUGGGCGCCGUGCUACGUGAUUUCAACUACGAUCAGCCGGUGGCAUCUUCUUCAAUACUGGCGAUGAAUACUGCAAUCACGCUGGUGAAAUACCAAUAUAGGAUCUACUUCUCUUGGGGCGCGCGAUGCCAGGAAGCGCUGCGCGAGGAUGCGGAACUGGGGCAUGCGGUGUCGGACCUGACAGUCUUUGACCAGAUUAUCAUCACUCCGAAUGGCAGGCCCAUCCCUCACGUGGCGAGCGACCUCGACGAUCCCAGCGAGGAAUAUGGGUUGAGCUUGAUGCGCCGAGAUGUAGGCCUUGCAGAGUACAGCAAGAUGAUCCAAGAGAUCGAGGGGACGCUGAAUACGGAGGACACCUACACCUUCCGACUCUGGGGUCCUGCUCCUUUCCUGGAUGUGUUGAAUUGGCAGUUGAAAAUGGGCGCGCGAGUCAGUUUGGAUCACUUCAUGAAGGAUUUUCCGAUCCACGUGUGCAUGUAUGACUUGCCAGCUGGUCAUGAGAACGGGAACAGUGAUCCGCGACACUUGGAGUCCAAGAAGCGUUACUACUUCGACUUCAUGGGCUGGAGCAAUGUGGUGGCGCUCUCAGCAAUUUCUGGAAGAUGUGUAUCGGUUGGAGGUGAUACUGUUGGAUGUGGGAAGCACAUGGGAAGCCCUGGCUGCCAUAAAUUACAUCAUAAAUUACUUCCAUUUGGGGAUGGUGUUUUUACAUGUUUUUACCGACCAUGUAUGGUGACUUUGGGGAUUUAG